UAUAAGCCAUUGUUGCAAUAUUCAUAAUGAUUUCACGUUAAGAAGCUUGAUCGCGCUGUUGUUGGAAACUGACUAACAAAUUGAAAAGCGUCAUCUAUUCAACUCAUAUUGAAGUGCAAAUGACACUCUUUGAACAGCUGCCUGUGCUUGUGGUUUCUCUAUGCUCCUAGGCAAACUAUCAGGCUUUCAAUCUGGCACGUCGUCAGCACGUUCUAUUUAAAGCCAGUGUUGCAUCGUUAUUCAGUGCCAAAGAUAGGAGCGGUAAGGUUAAACUGCACAGUGGAAGUCAGGCCCAAGCAGGGGCUGGAUCUAAAAGCUGAACAGUUUGAUAGUCAUCAAUCAAAUUUAAUCCCUUUUUUUCCUGAAAGAGUCGUCGAAGACCAUCAUAGUUAAGAUCUAAUUGAAGACACAUUGGAUUGUAAGGCUUAAUCGCACGUCUUUGAUGUCCGAUCGAGUUUUCAGAGAUGACUUUUGGAGGGAAUUCCUGCGAUGGGGUACCAGCACCUGAUACCCUUCCAUUCAUAACAGCAGCUCUCUCUCUAGGUCUCGCUCUACUCACCAUACCAGGUAACUUUUUAGUUUGCUUGGCGGUGUGGAAAGACCCCUACAAAUGCUUGAGGACGCCAUUCACUUUCUUUGUGAUAAAUCUGGCCAUUUCAGAUCUGAUCGUGGGCAUGGUGGUGGAGCCGUUAUCGAUAUACAUGCAUUUUCGCGAGGGAUUUUCCCUGAAGUUGAAUAACGUGUGGUCUAUCCACAUGUCCUACUUCAUCUCUUGUACCGCAUCCGUACUGAAUCUCGCAGCCCUGACAGUUGAUCGCUUCACAGCGAUAAGUCAUCCGUUGCAGUAUCGAGCACGACUCACCAUCACACGCGCCUGUAUAAUCGCGGCUGUUAUUUGGCUGGUCUCGUUCGCUUUGCCUUUUAUUUACUUCGAAGUCGGGUAUUUGCUUUAUACAUUUGUCUUCGCAAACACGGCCAUAGCGUUUACUUUGAUCAUAUUUCUCGCGACAUAUGUUGGAUCCUUAAAAAGUAUGAGAGCUCAGGUUAUGGAGUGGAAUAUACUGCGGGACAGUUCGCAAACAGAAGAAAACCGAGCAAAAAUUAGAGCUGCGGCUUUUGAGAGGAAUAUCACACAGGUGUUUGUUGUUAUGUUGGGGCUAUUUUUGUGUUGUUAUACGCCAUCGCUGGUUAUGAUAUACCUUAUGAAUCUGUGCUCGUCGUGCAGUUGUUACACAAUCCACAUUUGUCGUGAUAUGCAGUUCAUCUUUGUACUGUGUUCCUCGGCGUUGAAUCCUUUCAUUUACGCCUGGCGUUUACCGAACUUCCGAAAAGCGUUUAUAAAGAUUCUGCGAUGGCGUAAAGGAAACCAAGAAAUAGCCCCUGCAAACACAGUAAGCAUGGGCAAUACUGCCACGUCAAUCGUGGAAUCCGCCUGACUGAACGAUUGGAACGAUUUCACUGACAAAUAAUUUCACAAACGGCAUCAAAACUGGUGAAGAAAGAAUAAAUACUUGUUCAAAGAAGGGGGAAAUUCGCGUGUAGCAAUGAACAGCUUGCGAGCCGGUUCCAUGGUACUCUAAAAAAAAACUGUAAAGCAAUCUUCGUUACGUAACACAACAGCUCACCACCAUGGUACCGUCUAAGCCAGCUGAAGGUAAUAAGCUUCCCAUCUUUGAAUGAAAGAUUCUUAUAGUCUCUUUAGAGACAAAAAUGGCUUUUGGUGUGGAAUCCUUUCUUUCAAGGAAAAAUAUGUAAAGGAACUAACAGCAUCUGUGAAUACGUCAAGUGUGGGCAAAUUGAUUGAAUGAUUUCUCUGAAUAAUGCGUGCGAUAACACUGACUAGUCGUUCAGUUCAUGACGAGAAAGUCCUUGUGGAGUGACCAACAAGCAAUCUCCUUCAAGUAGUCGCAAAACUUAAACAUUUGAAUCUACCUUCAGGUCAUGCUCUAUUUAGGCUGUGAAGGUCUUAUUGAAGUAAGUUUUUCUCAUUUUGGCCACAGGUGAGGCUUGUGGGAAGAAGAUCAAAAUUCUUUCCCCAGCUAAAAGCUCUCAAACCGCUUGCCUUGUUUGUGUUUAAUCGAGAUCACAAAUGGUUGGCCCUCGUUUUAAUUGCUAGGAAACCGAAAAAUAUUAAAACUUUUGUCCCUUUGCUGAACACUCA